AUGCCCGCCGAAUUUGCACAUUCAUCAAGUCUCAUGUCAGAGAAAUUACAGACAGCGAAAAUACACUACGAUUCAACAUUUGGAAUGUUACAAAAAGUAUACAACAAAACAUCGAAUUCGUACGAAACACUCAAAACAUCCACUACUUCAACAAACGUGUGCGCGUUUGUGGUGUGCUGUGGUGUGGUCUGCUGUGGUGUGGUCUGCUGUGGUGUGGUUCGCUGUGGUGUGGUCUGCUGUAAUGUGGUUUACUGUGGUGUGGUCUGCUGUGGUGUGGUUUGCUGUGAUGUGGUUUGCUGUGGCGUGAGUGAAAUAGGCGUGCAUGUAUUUGAUAAAAAGAACAUGCAGCCCUACAUCAACGCAUACAAGCAACUUGCGCUCAUGACACACGUACUCUCUAUCGAUCACAAGGCAUACGUAUCCAACUUGGGAGGAACAUCAUACAAGCAUCAGGUAACUGGAGCUUUCGCCCGAUACAUUUACCAGAUUAUGAGAGGAACUUAG